AUGGAGCUGGACACAUCUGUCCGCAGCAUUAAUGGGGGAACGUCACCACCGACAGAAUAUCGAUAUCAAACCACCGGUGCUGCUGCUUCGAAUUAUGGUAUUGAAGACGAUGCCACAUCACCAGGAGGAAUGAGUAAAGGGCCGAGAGAUCCAACGCAAUUUUCGUGCUCUGACUCGUUUCCGAGUCUGGCGGCCCCACUCUCGAGCGAUCAGCAGUACAUCAGAAGUGUUUCUCAUGUGGGCUUUACGAAGGCGCUACUAGCCCAGAAACCAAGCCCAUGGACGAAGCCGAUGUUUAAGCUGUAUUGCUUCCUAUUUGUGGCAUUUUUAUCGUCUACUAUCAACGGUUACGAUGGAUCUGUCAUGGGUGGGAUUAAUGCUAUGAAGGAAUAUCAAGAUGAUUUAGUUACUUCGGCAACUUCAAGAACACACCCCCAAUUUAUGGGGGGAAGAUUUAUACUGGGUCUCGGUGCGGCAAUUUUAACGACGGCUGGUCCGACCUAUGUAGCUGAGAUGGCACAUCCGGCGUGGAGAGGUACCUUGACGGGGCUUUACAACACCUGUUAUUUUGUUGGCGGGAUUGCAGCAAGUUGGGCAAUGUAUGGAACUGACACCAUCAAAUCACCCAAGGCCUGGAGAAUCCCAUUAUGGCUGCAAAUCGCUGCCUCUGGAUCGCUUCUCGUCACGUGUCUUUGGUGCCCUGAAACGCCGCGUUGGCUUGUUUCAAAUGACCGCAAUGAAGAAGCAAUUCGGGUUAUAACGAUGUACCACGGUGAGGGUAACCGAAAGUCACCAAUAGUUCUUCUUUCGUACAAGGAGAUGCUUGAAGAGAUAGUCAUUUCGGGAUCUGAUAAGCGGUGGUGGGAUUAUUCCGAGUUGUGGAAUACCACCACUGCCAGGUGGAGAAUGGUCUGUGUCAUCGGUAUGGCUUUCUUCUCUCAGUGGUCCGGCAAUGGCGCUGUAACACACUUCAUGCCCGUCCUUCUUGAAAACAUCGGCAUCACAGACGAACGGACCCAGCUCAAACUCAACGCAAUCCUUAUGGUACUCUCCUUUAUUGUUGCCUUUGUUGGCGCCUUCCUCGUCGAUCGUGUAGGACGCCGUCCUAUGCUUCUUAUCGGAACAUGCCUCUUUGUCAUAUGGUGGACCAUUAUCCUCAUUCUUUCUACCUUCUACGGGAAGGAAACUAAUACGAAUCUUGAUGGAAAUCGAACAAUGAUUGCUUUUAUUUAUCUCUUUGGCAUCACGCACUCGUUUGCAUAUACACCACUUCAGAUGUUGUACCCCGUGGAAUGCUUGUCAUAUGAAACCCGGGCCAAGGGCAUGGGCGUGUACAACUUCUUUGUGAAUGUUGCAGCAAUCUUUAACACCUAUGGCAUGGCAACUAUAAUCGACAAAAUUAGCUGGGGAUUCGUAUUCAUCUUCAUUGUGUGGGACGUGAUUGAGAUUGUCUGUAUCUAUUUCUUCUUUGUUGAGACGAAGAACAGAACAUUAGAAGAGAUCAGCGAGAUCUUCAAAUCGCCGAAUCCGAGACAGCGUUCGUUAAUGAAACACGUAAUCGUAGUGACGGAUGGCACAAUUCUGUAUCGAGGGAUCAAUGGGUCAACGCAUGGUGGUGGGGCUGAAGACGGAAAUGGGGGGUAUCGAGAGGAAGGUGCAGAUGCAAGUGGUUCUGUUGGCGAUGGAGGAAGUCAGGGAGAAGCAGGUGGCGAGGGAGAAAUAGGCGGUGAGGGAAUCCGGGAUCGUGAUGAGAGAAUGAGAGAGGAUCGGGAGGAUCGAGAAUGGGGAAGAAGAGAGAAUCGAGAAGGAAGGAGAAGAGAAGAGGUUGAAUCCUACGAGAUAACGGUUCUUCCUAAAAUAUGA